UUUUUAGGCUACAAAAAUUAUUUUUUUAAUAAAACUAUGGACCUUAAUAAAACUCCAAAUAUUUCAAUUAUCGAAGAACAACUAAAUUCUACCACAUUUAUUUCCGAAUGUCCAGCAACCUGUAGCAAUGAGGGGAAUACUUUGGAAAAUUUUUUUAUUCGGUCUUACAGAACUUCAGGAAAUGAGUCUUCCAGUAAAUUGUCUAGACUUUCUAUUAUUAUUAGACGCUCUUUAAAAAUUGGGACGAGAAGAGGAGAUGGGCAAGUUGUUCAAGAAAAGAAAAAAGUUGUGCAGGAUAAAGUGUCGCCUCCAUUCACUGAAUACACAGAUCUCCGACCAGAAUAUUUUAUUGUCCCAAAAUAUGGAAGCUUUGAUUUUUUAAAUAAAUUGGUUCAAAAUAAACAAUUUGGACAGUUGAAACAAUUCCUUCGUGAAAAUAGUUGGCCUGUGACACAUGAAAUUCGCAAACAUUUGUGGGAAGUAUUAAUAUCUUAUUCUGAUAAAGAAUUUGAAUCUUCCAAGUUUUUCUAUCGAGAACAAAUUGAAUCUCUUCUGAAAAGCAAAGUACAAAAUUUCCGUCCUGCCUUUCUUUCUGAACCUGGAAUUGUUGUUUGCGAUCAUGGAUUGAAGGAAAUUGGUGUUAUAAAUUUACAACGACUUUUAAUUGUAAUUGAAUACGCCCGUCCAGAAAUUCGUUUUGUCCCAAUUCUCUACCCUCUUUGUGCCGUUUUUCUUCAUUAUCACCCUGUGGAUGUUGCUUUUGCUUGUAUUAAUCGACUUUUGGCGCAGGCUGUUUAUGCUUCUCGAUAUACACUUUUAUCUAUGCUGAAAGAGUUUAAGAAAAGAGUCUACAACAAAUUAAAAAAGAGAUUGGGUUCAGAAGAAAAUAAAAUUGUUGAGUUAAUGGCUAAUUGGCAUUUUUGGAUUUUCAAGUGUCUUCCUUUCCCUUAUCUUGUUCGGUUGAUUGACUGCUUUCUUUUUGAAGGUUUUUUCAAUUCUUUUAUUUUAUGUUUCCAAAGGUCCGCAAAUUUUUGCGGACAAAUCGGAAGGACCAUCAAACAGUUUCAAACCACUACCUAUCUGGAAUAUAACAGAUAUCGUUUCCAGUACUACCACAACUUAAGACCGGGUUGACAUGAUUAAUGGUCACACGAGAGCCCAGAUCGAUAUCUCGAAAGAUCUCAAUUCUCAAUAAAUGCGAUUUCUGGUCCCGGAAUAAUCCUCUUUCUAUGUUUCGUCCAUUCAUCAUUUAUUUGGCCAAUAAACAUUCUCAGACUUUCAAACUGGUUCGAACCCACUACUUAUCCUGAACUAACAGACAUCGCUCCCACUA